AUGGCGGCGUAUCUCAGCACGUUGGUGGUGGUGUUCGCACUGGUCUUGUUGCCAGUGCACGUCUCGGGAGCGGCUCUGACGACAAUCGUCGAACCACACGAACGACUGUGCUUCUACGCAUGGGUGGAUGCAGCAGGCGAAAAAGUCGGGUUCUACUUUGCCGUGCAAUCGGGAGGCCACUUUGAUAUCGACUACUCGGUGCAUGACCCGGACCAGAAACUCAUCAUCGGCGGCCACAAGGAACGUCAGCUGGACAUCAUCUUUACCGGCAACACGGUGGGCGAAUAUACAUUCUGCUUCGAAAACGCCAUGUCGACAGUAGCCGAAAAACUGCUCGAUUUCGACAUCACGGUAGAAAGCGAACCGAGACUGGACCUACCCAUCCAACCGGCUAAGCUGUUGAAGGAACACAGCGCGCCACUCGAAGAGGGAAUUGCCAACAUGGACGAAAAGCUUACCCAGAUCACUAGGACACAGAGAUACUUCCGAGUCAGGGAAAACAGAAACUUCGAUACCGUCAGAAGCACCCAGUCCAAGAUCUUCUGGUACAGCGUCGUCGAAAGCAUAACCAUGGUCGGCAUCAGCAUCGCUCAGGUCUACAUUGUCAGGUCGCUCUUCGAAACAGGUUCCACCAAAAGGUAUCGCGUCUAA